AUGACGGUGGUGUACUUGUCUUUGCUUUUCGGUUUCCUAUGCUUCUUCGCAUUUCCAAAAACCAACGAAGCUAACAUGCAGGUCGAGCAGUUGUUGAAGCUGAUGAAAUCCACUAUGUUUUCGAGGCCUGCAGAAUUGUGUUCAUUGGCCGAUGGCGCACUUUCUCCGGUUUUUGUUGGCCAACAAGAGGGGCUAAUGGCGGCCGACAAGAUCGAUGCUUUGCCCGGCCAGCCCGAGGGUGUCGAUUUUGUGCAGUACAGCGGAUACGUGACGGUGGAGCCGAAGAAGGGAAGAGCUCUCUUCUACUACUUUGCUGAGUCUCCACAAAAUUCGUCGACGAAGCCUCUCGUUUUGUGGCUUAAUGGAGGACCAGGUUGCUCAUCACUAGGGUAUGGAGCCUUUGAGGAAAUAGGCCCCUUCAGAGUAAAGAGUGAUGGAAAAACACUUUACAGGAACAAAUAUGCAUGGAAUAAUGUGGCUAAUGUGCUGUUUUUGGAGUCGCCUGUGGGCGUGGGGUUCUCGUAUUCGAACACAUCUGAUGAUAUUUACAGUAAUGGAGAUAACAGAACUGCUGAGGAUUCCUACACUUUUCUCGCCAACUGGUUCGAGAGAUUUCCGCAGUACAAGGGCCGAGAUUUCUUCAUCAGCGGAGAGAGUUACGCGGGGCAUUACAUCCCGCAGCUCGCUGCUACCAUUCUUCGUCACAACAAAGGCGGCAGCAACCAGGCGGCCAUCAAUCUCCGCGGCGUCGCUGUGAGUGAACUGCACCUGAAUGUGUUCAAAGAGCAAAGAACAUAAGAAGCUGAUUGGUAAACUUUGGUUGUUUUUUUUGUUCAUCAGAUAGGGAAUGCUUUUGUAGAUGUUCCAACAAACAUGGAGGGGACAUAUGAGUUCCAAUGGGGACAUGCUUUGAUCUCUGAUGAGAGUUACAGUAAAAUUCGAGAAAAAUGCAAC